GGUGAUAGAAAAAACUCUUGGAACACCGCUACGCGGUGACCGAGGAAUACUGAAUAAUCACUCCCGAAAAGGGCAAGGGAGGAAGUAAUUAGAUCUUGUAAUAACGAGGUUUUCGAGUUAUAAUCUGUACAGAAAGGACUUUGUUAUUGUCAGAUUCUGGCAGCAACCAGACGAACAACCGACUUAGCCACUCCCGGGCCAGAGACCCAUCAAAAGGGCGUAUGUAUAUUCUCGAACAGAUUCUCGAAAUCUAAAUAAAUACAGUGGGAUUUUUAUAUUUGCAAAGUAAAGCCCGCGAAAUAGAAACUGAAAAUAACAAGAAAGAUGAUGAAGAAGAAAUCACAAUCGUCAUCGAAGCAAGGUGCAGAGAAAAACCACGGCAACAGCGACCACACCUUUAUCCUGCAUCAUCAGCGCCUUUACCAUGCUUUCAGCCUCGGUCUCAGAUCCUAUGGUGAUAAAGGAAGGAAAUGGCAUUCUUCAGACAUUGAGAUACAUAGACUUGUACUUCGCUCGAUUUAUGCAUUUCUUGAUUGUAUUUCCGCUGAGACAUUAAAACAUCCACUUGUAAAGGAGUCGAUUGGCGAUAUGGUUGGGGCAUUGGAAGGCAUUCUUCAAUUCAGAAAUGAAGCCACAUUGAGCUUGUUAUCAGAUGUGGCCUUAAAGAUGGUCAAUAUUGUACCCACUUUAGUUAUGCAAUCUUAUGUAUUAGAUCUUGUUCGACCUUUAACAACGUUGUUAACUUCCCACCACUUGCAAGCUGCUGUUUCUUGUGCAACUGCUUUGGAGUUGAUCAUCUCGAACCUUAAUAGUAAAAUAGAGGGAGAAGUUUGGAAAAUCAUGAAAAAGACUGACACAGUGAUUCACAUUGUCAACAACAUACGAGGUUUCUCAAACGGAACUGCACCCAUUGAAUAUUACCUGAAGAUGGUUUCUCUCUUGAGUAAGAUAUUGCGGAAGUGGCAACCCUCGAGGUUUCUUGUAUGGAAUGAUGCCAAGUUGAUGGAAGUUUUGGGGGUCAUAAGUCUCGAUCCUGAUGUUUCAGUCAAAUUUGCAGUUUUACAAUUGUAUUCUGCUUUAGCUUUAUGCGGUAAUGGAGCUCAAAAGCUUCUAGAAAAUGCGGAAACAGUUCUACCUAUAAUGGUGCAGUGCAUGGACAGGUCAAAUUCUAUUUCUGUUCAGCUGGAGGGAUUUGAACUUGCUCGAUGUCUGGCGAUGAAUGAACAAGGGUGUUCAAAAGUGAUGGCAUUGUGUUGCGUGCCCAUCACUAAAGCCAUAGUUGAGGGAAUGAGAAGUUGGGGGUCCCUUUCUGGAAGGAUUCCGCUUUUGUUGACUGAGGUGUGUCGCUUGGCUCUUAUCACACGCUGGUCUGGGGAGCACCACAAGUAUUUCUGGAAAUUUGGAAUCGACAAAGUCCUUCUUAAACUACUACUGAACGAUUUUCACAAACUAUAUUCAUCUGAACAUUGUAUAGAGAAGAUAGCGGCAGCUGAACUUGGUCUGCGUGAGAAUUAUCUUCUUGUUCUUAGGCCAUUUGUUUGGGAUAUUCUGGGAGGGCUUGCAGCACACUGUCUAGAAGAUUUCAAUCCCAAUACGCAUGGAGAUGAAUUUUGCAUGGACUUCCUCAUCAUAUGUGCGUGUUUGGCUUUCGUGGAUUCAAUUCGGCAAUUAGGUCAAAGCGAUAUAUCCCAUACAUUUCAGUAUGAAUCGGCAACUAGGACGGUUCUUAUGAUGAUCUACUCUCCCUCUUCUUACAUUAGAUCCAGUACUAUAUUCUUUCUAUAUGAAAUACUGAAGCCCAAUGGCAAGGAGUAUCUAAAGCGUUUGUUGGAUAAACUAAGUCAGCCCAGAAACAAGCUUGGAAUGCUAGAUAUCCUUCAGUCCGUCAUAGAUUUGAUGAGUUUGACUUGUUACUCAGGUCUGAGUCAAUAUUGGGAUUAUAUUAUUAGACUUCAAGGGAUAAAUACGUUAGUGGCCUUUGUAAGGUGGUGCAUAACCAAUAAUGUCCACAUGAGAAGGGCAAGUGUGGCCCCACAUUUGUGUAGUUCUGUUCUUGAGAAGACUUGUUGUUGGGAUCAUUCAGAAGAUUGGGAUGGGAAUGACAUGCCUUUGCUUUUUAGUUUGUGGGGACUAUCCGAGUUGAUGCACCAAUUCACUUGUGUGAAAACUCUUCCGGAUGUAGUUUUCGGUCAGGUGGGCUGUAAUGAAACUGAAUUCGUUGGUUUACUUCAGGGCAUAUGUAGUGACACUUCUGCCCCUGGACCAAGAUGGUAUGCUGCAUACAUUCUGAGUUAUAUGGGUCGCUAUGGAUUCCCAAGCAAGAUGGGUAAAAGAAUUGGGAAAAUGCUUGAUGACAAGGAAUUCGCUGAUUUGGUCUUCAUUCUCACAGACGAGGAGCCUUUAGCUGUUCAUUGCAUCAUUCUAAAGGUUCGGUGUCCACCCUUAUUACCUCGAUCAGUUGACAAGUUUUUUGUAAGACAAGAUGGGGAGAAGCGUGAAAGGCCAAGGAAAGAAGUUCGACAAAAAUCAGAUAAAGUAGACCGAAAGGCACUAUUGAAGCUGUUGGAAUUUGUCUAUUCGGGACAAAUACAAGUAGGAGAAGAAGUUGUAGACAAAUUGAGAGGUAUUGCUAGACAUUGUGAUUUGCAACAUCUAUUACAAAUUCUGUCUAAAGAAAAUCCAAAAUGGGGCACUCCUUUUCCCACUGUUGAUCUUAGCUUUGCUCUUGAGCCAGCCGGACAUCAUCUCUCGGACGUUACGUUGGUAGCUGAAGGUUCUGAUAUAAUAGAUUGGACUUCCCAUACAUGCUCUGUAUCAAUUCCACAUAUGCAUGUUCAUCGAGUUAUAUUGUCAUCAAGCAGCACAUAUUUUCAAGGCAUGUUUUGCUCAGGGAUGCAAGAAAGCUGUUCGGAGACCAUAAUAAAGGCUCCAGUUGGCUGGGAGGCCUUGGUUAAAGUAGUUAAGUGGUUUUAUUCUGCUGAACUGCCCAAGCCCAUUUCUGGCUGUUUAUGGGAUAACUUGGAUGCAAAGGAGAAGCUUAGUGAAAUGUUUCCAUAUGUUGAACUUUGUUGGCUUGCUGAAUAUUGGUGCUUGGGAGAUGAUUUUCAUGAAUACUGCACACGAGUGGUUAUAUCUCAUUUAGAUUCAACCCAAGGUUUAUCCGUGAAAUUGAUCCAAAUUGUUGCUAGUUUUCAUCAAAAGAAAUUAGUAGAAGUUGUAGCAAAUUACAUGGCACCACUUUACAAUCAUCUUCGCAAGUCUGGUGAACUUGAUGAAUUAGAUGACGAACUAGUUGAUAUGAUUCGUACAGCCUCUGUUCGCCUUGUUCAAGAGGGUGGUCAUUCUCAUACUUGAUUUGAUAUAUUAUAGCUUCAUCAAUUUUUGGGAUGUAGUACAAGGUAGAAUGUAGGAUUACAGUUGAAAUGGUGAGGCACUAAGUGCUUCUUCUUGGUGCAUCCUUGUAAAUAGUCUUGAUAACGGGGGUUAUAAGUCUAAACCUCAUACGUUAUGCUCAUGAAUAUAUAUUGACAGGUUGUAUUGUGGUUAA